GUUGUUGCAAUACAGUAGGUCCACGUACUUCCAUGGGCUGGAGACGUAACAUGUAUAAACUGCCCACUGAGCGGAUCUGCUAUUUAACAGGUGUGGCACCAAGUGCAAUCGUGUCGUUUUUAGACAGAUCUAGCCCGGGACUAUGCGCUCAAUCUGGGGUUUAAUUGCCUUGGUGGCCGCGGCAACUUUCUACUUGUAUCUGCUGUCUGCGUUUCUGCCGCCGGGUCCUCGUGCCGUCCGUGUUCACGACACUGAACCUGAACACACUGCCGAUGAACCGGAGGAGGAAGAACUCAGGUUGAAGUUCCCGUCUGAUCUGGACGAGUUGAGGGAACUAGCCGAGCUGUUGCAGUUCUAUAAGACAGAACACACUGGCUAUGUGUUCAUUCUCUUUUGCAGUGCCUACCUUUACAAGCAGUCCUUCGCCAUGCCAGGCUCGUUCUUUUUGAACAUGCUAGCGGGGGCGUUGUUUGGGCCAUGGCAUGGACUCCUCAUCGCCUGCACUUUGACUACAGUGGGUUCCGCCAACUGCUACCUGCUGUCCCGUACAUUUGGCAAACGCCACAUCGUCAGGCUCUUCCCUGAGAAAGUGGCGAUGCUACAGAGAAUGGUGGAAAAGAACAGGAGUAGUUUGUUGUUCUUCUUGCUCUUUCUGCGGUUCUUUCCCAUGACACCAAACUGGUUUCUGAACGUCACCUCUCCAAUCCUCAACAUCCCCAUCCCCAUAUUCUUUUUCUCCAUCCUCAUUGGUCUGAUCCCUUAUAAUUUUAUCUGUGUCCGUACGGGUGCCAUCUUGUCUGAGAUCCACUCUUUGGAUAACAUCUUUUCGUGGGGCACCUUGCUGCAGCUCCUGUUGAUCGCCUGUGUGGCUCUAAUUCCUGGAGCUCUGAUCCGCCACUACAGCCAGGCCCACCUAAACCUUGAUGGCCUGGAGGCCAAUGGACACCAAAAGGUCCAGAAUGAUCGCAAGACUAGAUGACUCAAAGAUAGACAGAAGAGGAGUCUGCAGUCUGUUAAUAUAAGACUGAUUAUUGGUCUGGAGUCACAGCUGAGGAUUUGGUUGUGAAUGUCUGAAUGCAGAGUGGAACUGACAUGGACAGAAAUACAAAUAUUGAAUGUCUAUAAUGAUGAUAAAGCGCAGAAGAAGAGACUAUUAAUGUCUUAAAAGAGAGCACACUUAGAUUGCUGAAAUGUUACAUAUAGUGGGUAUAGAAAAGAAUCACAUGCUUUAAAAUAAUCACAUUUUGUUGCAUUGCAGCCUGAAUUGAAGCUGGAUAUACACUUUUUGUUUUAUCCAGCGGCCUUUCAUUUGGAUAUUAUAAGUAAAUACCACAGGGUAAAACAAAAGCUGUGUCCAGUCCAGUCAUUUCAGGUUGCAAAGCAACAAAAUGGUAUUAUUUUAAAGGGGGUGAUUAUAUUCUUUACCCACUGUACACAGCAUUGGACAUUUUAUAGGAAAAAAGGGAAUCUGACAGCUUAGCCUUUAAGUUUUAUUGAAGCAAACAUACUUAUUGUUGUCAUGUUUCAUGAUUAUGUGUUUUUGAGUAUGCUUACACACCUUACUAAAAUAGAACUAAUGAUUAGUUACUUUCCCUCUAAAUAUACACUGAUAAAAUAGUUACCUAAAAAUUUACUGGUUUUAUUUAUCAAAAAAAUAUAAUUUAAUAUCGCUCAAAUAACACAGUACUUUAUUAAAAACAAAUUGUUAUGGAUUUAAUACAUGCAAAUGUAAAACAUUUACAUACAGAUUUAAUCAAAUGUAUUACAUACAAAUAUUUUCAUUGAAAAUAGUAUUCUUGUAUUGUAUCCAAACCUUCAAAAUAUUUUUGAUGUUAUUAUAUUUAUUAACUUAAUGCAUCCUACUGUCAGGUUGUACUUUUAUUUGAAAGUUAGUAUAAUGCUUUAAAUAUAGCCUUGUGCACUGAUAAUUCAUAUAAUGGGCUAAAUCUUCUGGACUUGCACGGUACAUUCAGGGAUUGAUAACUGAUCUUUUCAUACAUAAACAAUUUUGUUGCAUGUGCAUUCAUCUCUAGCUACAAAAACGCACACUACUAAUGACAGCUGGCAGAAACUCUAGAUUCUGGUGCUGUUUCUAUGGUGAAUAUGAUAUGUAUCCUUUAAAAACCAAAAUGAAUUUCUAGUGCAAUAUGCAAUUUCCUGAAUUGCAUCUUCAGGUGCUACUUGAAUAAUUACUGCAUUACUGAAGCUCUCCUGUUUUGAGUCACAUAUGGAAAAAUGAAUCAAUGUCUUAACGUGUACAGAUGUUGUUGUGUACAGAAAACUGUUGUUUAAAAGCACUUGAUAUGUAUAAUUUUGUUAUAACCAAAUUUUAACUGCUUGUUCACAAUUAUGAAGUGCUUUAAAAGGUUCAGAAAUGUUCAUUUAAUGAUUACAAAAAACAUUUAAAACAAUCUGACUUAUUGUAACUUACAGUAUAUGCAGCCACUGACUGCUAAAUUAUGUCGAAUGGAUUUAUAAAUUGCUGAAAUGAGUGAGAUAAUUAUACUAUAUUGGCAGCUGUAUGCAUAGUAAAAUUAUCCAAACUAUUUCUACUGGUGCAUGUUCAUUGCCAAGCUACUUACAAGUAAAAACAUUGUUGCAUAAAUAUUGCAAUAUUAUAUAAUAUUAUGUAAUCAUAUUUCUAACAGACAUCAAGGUUUCACUCUAGCAUUCAGAAAAUAAUGGAAGCCCAUUUAUGCAACAAGAUUUUUUUUUUUUUUCACAAUCCAGACAUUGCUUGAGAUAAAAAGUAAUUGCAUAAACUUGCAAUUCUGAUUAAUUACAAUUAUGAGAUACAAACUUGCAACUGCAAGGAGAGAAAAUCAGAACUAUGAGAUAAAUGUACAUUUCAGACUUAAAAUCGCGAGUGGAAAAAAAGUCUGAAUUCUGAGUUUCUUCACAAUUUCCAUAACUGUGAAUCCUGUAGCAGAAACAAGCUUCCACAGAAUCCUUAAUCUAUUGCUGACACAAAUAAACUUUAUGUAUUGAUAUAAAGAUGAAGAAAAAACAAA